AUGCCUGGAAGCCUUUCAGACCACCAGAAAGAUGCUCAAGAGAUCAACUUCGAGGCACUGCAGAACAUCUUUCAGGACAGAGAGAACCAGGUUUUUGUUAUGGUACUGGGUGCUGUCGUGGUUUGGGAGCUCUUGGCUACUUCUCUUGAAUGGACAGUGGACGAGAGUCUCUAUGAGUAUCUCGACUUCGUUGAUGCGACCGACAGAUACGGCAGGCUGUGGAUUUGGAGUUACCUGGGUGCGUCUGUAGGCGCCUGCAGCAUCGCCGUGCUCGUGGAUCACCUGCACUGCCUCCUGAGCAGCACGACCACCCGCCUGGCUGCCCAUUUCUACGGCUACGCCAUCCUGACGGCGCUCUGCUCGCUGGUCAGCGUCGUUCUGCCCAUCCAGGCUGCGAGGAAGCCCAGCCGUGUUAACAAAGCGGCCAAAGCCCUGGCGCUGCUGCGGAGCGACGGCCGCGCGGUGCUGCACGCCGCCACCCUCUGCCUCACCGGCGCCGCUGCCUCUGCCACCCACAACUUCCUCUUCUGGCAGAUGCAGGACCACGGCAGCAGCGAGCUGUACAUGGGGCUCUCCGUGGCCGUCGGGCUCCUUGCGGAAAUUUUGUUGUAUUUCUUCAAGGAGAAGUUGUUGAGGACUUUCUCGAGCAGCAAGAUUGUUGCCAGCAGUCUGAGCCUCCUGGCGGCGCAGCUUCUGUGCUACUCCUUCGUGUGGACUGCAUGGUCGGUUCUCCUUAUCCAAAUUUUAUCUGCCUUCAGCAAUGGUGCUUUGUGGUGGGUGAUUGAGGUGACAGUGGAUGACGUAGCCACUCCGGGCACGGAGAGGUCUCUCCACGCUCUUCUUCGGGGCCUCUUCCAUGGUGGAGGGAUGAGCUUGGGCAGUUUUGCAGGAGGAUUUGUCGUGAGAUGCUUUGGCCUGGCAGUUCUGUUCAGGGCGUGCAGCGUGUGCAUGGUGCUGUGGCUCUUCUUGUUCUUAAUUAUCCAAUGGAAAUUGCCACGGCAGAAAAAAAUUAAUUACUCUCGUCUCCUGGCUGCCGAUUCCAGUGACAUGAGUGACACUGAUGAGGAGAAUGAGAGGGACUGGCUGGUGAAAGCUAUGAAGGAUGAAAGUUUUAAUAGGAAUUGGUCACAACAGCGUGGGAUUAACUGA